AUGGAAAAUCAACCUACAAAACAAUUAUUUGUUAGACCAAUUCCUUAUGGAACUUCAGAAGAUGAAGUAAGAGAUUUUUUUAAUGAAGUUGCUCCAGUUACUGAUAUUAGAUUAAUGGAAUCUUAUGCAUUUGUUGGAUUUGAAAAUGAAGAUGAUGCAGGAAAAGCUUUAGAUGAAUUAAAUUCUCAAAUUUUUAAACAAGAACCUUUACAAAUUGAAUUUGCUAAAGAAAGGAAAGAAGAUACAAGAGGUAAAUAUAGAUUAAAAAUUACUGGAUUACCUGAUAAUGUUGCUUGGCAAGAUAUUAAAGAUUUUGUUAGAGAUAAAACUUCAAAAGAACCAAAUUAUGUUAAAGUUUUUAGAGAUUAUGAAACUGGUGAAAAUAGAUGUACUAUGCAAUUUGAAAGUGCUGAAGAUUUAGAAGAAGCUAUUCCAUUAUUAGAUAAAACUGAUUAUAAUGGUGUUGAAGUUGGUGCAGAAGAAGAUACUUCACCUUAUUUCCCACCAAGAAGAGGAGGUUUCAGAGGUGGAUUCAGAGGUAGAGGUGGAUAUGAUGGUGGAUUCAGAGGUAGAGGUGGUUAUGAUGGUGGAUUCAGAGGUAGAGGUGGAUAUGGUGACAGAGGAGGAUUCAGAGGAAGAGGUGGAUUCGAUAGAGGAGGAUUUAGAGGUGGAAGAGGGGGCUUUGGAGAUAGAGGAGGAUUCAGAGGUGGAAGAGGAGGUUACGGAGAUAGAGGUGGAUUCAGAGGAGGUAGAGGUGGCUACGAUAGAGGUGGAAGAGGAGGCUAUGAUAGAGGUUAUGACAGAGGAGACAGUUAUGGUGAUAGACAAGGAUCUUAUAACAGAGAAAGAUCACCAACUCGUUUUUAG